AUGGGUCGUAUUGUACGACUGGAGAUAAAGAACUUUAAAUCAUACGGAGGUCAUCAUGUCAUUGGUCCAUUUCAUCGUUUUACAGCUAUUAUCGGUCCUAAUGGUAGUGGAAAAAGUAAUCUCAUGGACGCCAUUUCUUUUGUCCUGGGCGUUCAUUCCCGUCAAUUACGAUCCAAUCAAUUACGUGAUUUAAUUCAUCGAGCACCAAAUGAUCAGAAUAAUGAUGAUACAACAACGACCGAUACUACCAAACGUUCAGCAUUUGUAACACUUGUGUAUGAGUUAGCACCCAAUGAAACACCACCAUCCAAGUCACGUCUGAGUCGUUCUAACCAGCCACAAGAAGAUCAAGAAGAAACGUCUUGGACUCUGAAUCAGAUGAAGCAACGAGAAGUGUAUUUCUCACGUUAUCUUUCUGAAAAGGGCAUUGGUUCCUAUCGUCUCGAUCAUGAAGAAAUGAGUUGGGAAAUGUAUCAGAAUCAAUUAAAAGAAAUUGGGCUUUUAGUAAAAGCCCGUAAUUUCUUAGUUUUUCAAGGCGACGUGGAAUCAAUUGCAAGUAAAAGUCCAUUGGAAUUAACCAAACUCUUUGAACAAAUUUCAAUGUCCGAUGAGCUCAAGAACGAAUAUGAACGAUUAUUAGAAGAGAAAAAUACAGCAGAAGAAGAUACAAUCUUUGCGUAUAAGAGAAAGAAAGGACUUGUUGCGGAGAAGAGACUUGUAAGAGAACAAAAGGAAGAAGCCGAGCAAUUUCGACACAAGCUAGAAGCUGUGAACAAUCUUCGUGUGGAGCAUUAUUUGUGGCAGCUUUUUCAAGUUGAAGAUGAUAUUAAACAACGAGAAGAGACCGUGAGGCAUUACCAGGAAGCAGGCCUUAUUUGUUCGAAGAAGGAAGAUACCGUUGCACAGGUAUAUCAUGAAAAAAAGAAAGAACUAGGCGCAACGUUUCGAGAAGUCAAAGCAAAUCGUGAGCAGAUCCAGGCUUUUCAGAACGAGAUGACGGAUAUUCAGCCGCAAUUAUUUAAGCUGCGCGAGCAGACCUCAUAUUCUCAGAAAAAGAUAGCAGAAGCGGAGGCAACUGAAAAGACGAUGAAAAGACGGCAAGAAGGAAAGUCUACGGAAAUUGAAGACUUGAAAAAAGAUUUGAAAGAACUGGAGAGAGCAAAAGCUGAACUCGAUGAGAACCAGAGACGUGCAAGCGAAAAAAGUGAGACUGGUGCGUUGGUCCUAGAAGGCUCAAGCUUGGAGGAAUACCAUCGAAUCAAAGAAGAUGUUCAAGUCAAAACGAAUAUAUUGCGGAGUGAACUGGAGUCCAUCUUACGGCAGCAGACGGCAGAUCAAAACAAAGUAGAGACAUUGACCCAAGAACGACAGGAAAAUCUCAAGAUGGUGGAAAUGCUGACUGACGAUCUAAAGCAAGCUGAUGACCGAAUCGCUACAAUGCAACGUGUGGUUUCCGAUACUGAACACAAAAUUAAAGAAGUUGAAACGAGCUUACAGACGACCGAUGAAGAGAGCCGAGGUCAGGCGCACAAAAAGGACAAACUUACGGAGCAAUUAAAUCGCGUUAGCAGCAAGUUGCGCGAUUUAAAGGAUGAUAAGCGGCAGUCACAAGCAGAGGCACGCCGAGCAGAGACACUGGAAACCCUAAAGCGAUUGUAUCCUGGUGUUCGCGGCCGUUUAGUAGACCUUUGUAAACCUGUCCAGCGCAAGUACAACAUGGCUGUGACUGUAGCUACAGGAAAGCACAUGGAUGCAAUUGUGGUAGCAGACUACCGAACAGGGCAAGAUUGCAUUCAAUACCUUCGUGAUUCGCGUACAGGCAGCGCACCAUUUAUUCCUCUCGACAGGAUUAGAGUGAAACCAAUCAAUGAGCGAUUUCGCAGCCUCGGAAACAAUAUUAAAUUGGUGGUCGACGUAAUUGAAUGCGACACCGAGAUUGAGCCAGCGCUACACUAUGCUGUCGGUGACACCGUCGUUUGUGACUCUAUCGAUAUCGCUCGCGAUCUGUGUUUCCGUCAAAAUGAAAAGGUGAAGGCAGUGACACUAGACGGGAAGGUUGUUAGCAAAAACGGAAGUAUGACCGGAGGUAAAACGCACAGUGACUCGCGUCGAGCAGGUCGAUGGGAUGAAAAAGAGGUUGAGGCUUUACAACAACAGAAAGAUGAUCUGGUCGACGAGCUGCGUGCAUUAGAAGGACAUGGUGCGUCAUACGCGAAGCUACAAACGUUGCGUACUCAACUGGAAGGGUUGCAGAGUCGGCUUAGCCGUGCAAAAGCUGACCUGGUAAUUACAGAAACAAAUAGGCCCAAGACUCAAGCCCGAAUCGAUGAUGCCAAGAAGCGAGUCACUGAAGUGAUUGAUCCGGAGCUACGCAAAUACGACUCGGCUAUGAACUCUCGCAAGAGCAAGAUAAGUGCAUUACAGGAGCAAAUUAAUGAUGUAGAGGACGAAUUGUUUGCAGAGUUUAGCGAAGCUAUCGGCGUCGAAAGUAUUCGCGUCUAUGAAGAGAAGGUGCUCAAUCGACACCACAAGGCACUGGAAAUGCGACGCAAAAUUACGGAACACGAAGCUAAGCUGUGCGCACAGAUCGAGUAUUUACAGUCACAAGACUUUAGUCAGCCCAUGCUUGCAGCAAAAGAUAAGGUAGCUCAAGAAUCUCGGCAAAAGAAAGAGCUAGAGGGAAAGCGCAAAACUUUAUUGCAAAAGGUGGAAAAACUUGAGAAGGAGCUUCGUGAGAUUGGCAGCAACAAGGCAAAAUACGAGGAGAGGAGGAUUAAAAUCCAAAGAAGAAUAAUGUCAGAGGAGACGGUGCUCGAGCGUUUGAAAGACCACAAGACUGAAAUUUUUAAGCGCGCGUCGUUAGACCAGAUCAAAUUGCCUACUGUUACUCGAAAAUCUACCCACAGCUCCGAGGAUGUUGAAAUGGAAGAUGCGAAUGGGUCGACCCGUCUUGAAAACUCCGAGCUCCUGCUGGGUGGUAAUGCUGCAAGCCAGGAAGUGGACUUUUCAGCGCUUCCAGACGCUCGUGUCGUCGUUGACGAUAAGGAAUUUGACGAGAUCAAUUCCGACUAUGAAAAACGGAUUAGCGUGCUGCUGACUGAGCUGGAGCGGAUGCAGCCAAAUAUGCGCGCACUCGACAAGUUUGACGUGAUCCAAAACCGAAUUGGUAAAGAAGAAGAGGAAUUGGACCGAGUUAAGCAGCAGUCCUUACGAACGGCAUCGCAGUUUGAAAAGGUCAAGCUCACUCGGUAUGAGCGCUUUAUGGAUGCAUUCACCCACAUUUCUGGCGUGAUCGAUUCAACGUACAAGCAGCUGACGAAAAGUUCGAAGCACCCACUAGGAGGCACCGCAUAUUUGAACUUGGAGAACACGGAAGAGCCAUACUUAAACGGGAUGAAGUACAACGCAAUGCCACCGAUGAAGCGUUUUCGUGAGAUGGAACAAUUGUCUGGGGGCGAAAAGACCGUGGCAACACUUGCGCUUCUCUUUGCGAUCCACAAUUAUCGUCCCACGCCUUUUUUCGUGCUUGACGAAGUGGAUGCUGCUUUGGACAACGUGAAUGUGAACAAAGUAUCAACAUACAUUGCAAACUGCGAUUUUCAAUGUGUUGUUAUCUCGCUAAAAGACUCGUUUUACGAAAAGGCUGACGCUCUGGUUGGAAUCUGCAAGGAUAUUACUUUGCAGCAAUCGAAAUCCAUGACAUUGGAUCUCACUCAAUUCGAUUAA